AUGAUUGGAAAAUUGAAUCCGCAUCGAAUUCAAAUAACACGAUAUUCUGUUCGAUUCUUUGCAUCAAAUAUUAAAGAAAAUCAUGAAAAAGUUAACUUCAAUUCAAUUUCUGCUGCUUAUGGAUAUAAAUCAAAUCGUGAAUUAUUUCGUGGAUGGUUUGUAUUCAAAUUAUGUUCUUAUUCUUCACUAGUUGAUCGUCUUUCUCAACUAUUACCUAUUUCACGUAAGAUUCUUGGUCAACAAUUAUUUGAAUAUAUAAUUCGUUCAACACUUUAUGGGCAUUUUGUUGCGGGUACAAAUAAAGCUGAAUUGAAACCAAUUGUGGACAGAUUACGUAAACAAAAUGUGAAAUUAAUAUUAGACUAUUCUAUGGAAUCAGAUGUGCCAAGCAAUAAGCAGGGGAAAUUCGAAUCAUCUGCAUUUCAUCAUUCGAAUGAAAAUACAUACAAUGAUAAUAUGUUGAAAUCUAUCAAAAAUGUUCAAACAGCAGCUGAAUUAUUUGGUUCAUCGGCCAUUACCGCAGUUAAAAUGACAGCAUUUGUUCCACCUGAUAUUCUUCAAAAAUUAAAUAGAAUUCUAGAAGGAGAACAUCAAUCGUCAACUAAAAAUACGAUUCUCGAGACGGCAUCAAAUACAUCCACAAUAAGUAAAGGUGAAUUAGAAGAAUUAGAACAUCUAAUAACACGAAUGAAUCGUAUCGUUCAAGAAGUGAAAAAACAUAAUGGAAGAAUUUUUAUUGAUGCUGAACAAUCCUAUUUUCAAACAGCUAUUCAUAAAUUCGUACUGGAAUUACAAGAACAAUAUAAUAGAGAUAGUCUGACUGUUUAUAAUACAUAUCAAUGUUAUAGAAAAACUACUCUGAAUUUAUUACGACAAGAUUUAAUACGAUCGAAAAACAAUAAUUUUCAUAUAGGAAUUAAACUCGUACGCGGUGCUUACAUGGAUCAAGAACGACAACUAGCUAUUGCAAUGAAGAGUAUAGAUCCAAUUCAUCCUAAUUUUUUAACUACAACAGAAUGCUAUCACCGUGCAUUCAUCGAAGCACUUAAGCAUGCUAAAGAAAAAAAUACUACUAAAACUCACGUGAUUGUUGCCAGUCAUAAUGAAGACACAGUUCAAUUUGCUACUAAAACGAUGGAUGCGAUGCAUGUUAAACGUGGUGAUGGUCUUGUUUCAUUUGCUACGUUAUUUGGAAUGUGCGAUUACCUUACAUUUCCACUAGCUGCUGUUGGUUAUGAUGCAUUUAAAUUGGCACCAUACGGACCAAUAAGUAGCCUUCUACCUUAUUUAAUUCGACGUGCGCAAGAAAAUCGAGCUAUAUUUGCUAAAGCGGAAAAAGAUCGUCGACUACAUUAUAAAGCAUUAAAAGAAAGAAUUUAA